UCCCAGACGCUUUUGGCUCCCGUUCUCCAUGUCCUGAUUCUGACUGGGAGAGCAAGGAAGCAGUCAAUUGCAGAGAUUAAUGUUUCCACUUCCCCAGCAGCGGUCUGGUAGCAGCGCACAUCUUCUCCCGGGUGAAGAAAGCUGAAGGAUCCCUGACGUGUCCUUGAGCAGUACACAAAUCAUAAAACAGGAUUAUUCACCUCUACCUGACAUAUUCCAUCACCAAGACCUUCUCAUCGCUCCAGGUCAUAUUUAAUGCUAAUGGAGGAAAGUAAGACAGGUGCAGGUGACUCUUUGGAUUCCGCACAUAUAACCCUCGCUGAGAUGGAGCUCGUCGAGGACUGACUGCGCCAGUGGUCUGAGGACGCGGAAUCCAGGAGAGGUGUGGAGACCCUACCCUACACAGGUCAAGCUCUCUUUGGGGAAGCGUUUGAUGCAUGGAUUUCCACAGCUACAGCGGAAAACCACCAAACCUGAUGAGGCAACGGUCUGUUUCUCUGUGGAAGAAUUGGAUUCUUUAGAAGAUCGGCAAAAGGAACGUAAUAAAUAUACGAAGAUGAAAAUUCACCAGCGGCCAAAUUUAGUGGGUUGUCAUGUCAACUCUGGAAUUCCUACCCAAGUCCAAUCUGAUUCUGGCACAGAAAAUGAUGUUACUGGAUCUACUCUUCGAAACUUUAUGCCAGCAUGUGUUUCUGCCAGGGAACAGGAUCGAGAAUUUUCAGUCCCUGGUACAAGUCCUUUUGUGCCUUUAUGGGGUGUCCAUACUACGCUGCAUACAGCUACUGGUUACCUGUAUGUGAAACCAGAGACUGUCCCUAAGAUUAAUCGAGGAGAAGAGCUGUGUGUGAGCAGUGACUUGUAUACACAUAAGAAGAAAAAACACAUCCAUUCAUCCUCAGGUCACUCCCUAAGAAAAGAAGAUGGGUGCCACUCUCCGCAUCAUUCAAUUGGAGAACAAAUUUCACAAGAUCUUCAUGCUGAAACUUACAGACCUCCACCAACACAGCACGGGAAUCAGGGGAGACAUACAGGUAGCUCACCUGAAGAGUCCUUGUGCAGAGAGAGCCCUGAAAAUACAGAAUGUAUACCUUCCAACGAGAAGCAAGAUGACGUCACAGAAACUCUAGACAAUCAGCAUGCAGUAUUCACAUGUGGUGAAUGUGGAGACGUAUUCAAUGAGCAGUCAGUUUUUAUUGUACACCAAACGACCCAUACUGAAGAGAGAAACAUUAUUAUAAAACAUGAUAGAAACUUGAUUUCCACUACACAGCAAGGAGUCCAAACACUUGAACAUGUCUCAACCCGACUCCGACGCAGAAAGCACAUAACAUACAGCUCAGACACAAUCAUGGAAAAAAAGAUCCAGGUGGAACCAAAAUCGUAUAUGUGUAAAGAGUGUGGCAAGAGCUUUACUCAGAAUGCUAGCCUUAUUGUACACAAAAGGACACACACAGGAGAAAGGCCUCAUACCUGCAAAGUGUGCCUGAAAAGCUUCAUUAGCGGGUCAUACCUGGUCAUGCAUCAACGAGUCCACACAGGAGAGAGACCGUAUGUCUGCAAUGACUGUGGCAAAAGGUUUAUUAGUAGCUCAAAUCUUAUCAUACACCAGAGAGUUCACACUGGGGAGAAGCCAUAUCUCUGCACAGAAUGUGGGAAGUGUUUUGGCCACAGCUCGCAUCUAGUGAGGCACCAAAAGGUCCACACAGGCGAGAGACCUUUCACUUGUGCAGAAUGCGGGAAGUCUUUCUCUCGAAGUUCACAUUUGGUUAGACAUCAGACCAUUCACAUGAGAAGUAUGGCAAACGUGGCCUUGUAAUAUAUUGCACACAUGUUAACCUUUCAUUAUUGAUUAUAACACAGUCUUACUUGUUACUGAAACUUCUAUUAGACUACAGUUCUUUCUUUAAAAAAAAAAAAAAGUUUCAAGAUAUUGUAUAUUUAUCAAUGUAUUGGUAUAUAAACCAGUAAUAUUUGUGGGCUUGUAAAUUGAGCGGCAUAUGUUGAGUAUAAAGCUUGAGGUGGAAUGUGUUGCUCUUCCAUGUCUGGUUGUUUUCUUCAUUUCAAUCAGCUUUUUCAUCUUUGAUCUAUUGCUAGUUUUAAGAAUGUCAUUAUUUUGGAUUGUGACUGAGAACAAUAGACUUGGGCAGCACCAGGGAACUUGUCAGAACCUGUGCAGGUGCAAACUCAUUAAUGAUAAAAAGAAGGUCUAGAUAGUGUUCUAAUAAAUCUCAGAUAUGAAACAUGCAUAUUGAUAGUAGCCUCAUUGGUCUAUUCCCCUGGCUGCAGAAAUAGGACACAAGUAGAAACAGGUUUUUUAUUUUUAUCAAGGUAAUAAAAGAUGAAAAAAUACACCUUCAUACACCAUUAUCUUCCAUGCAGAUUUGUAUACGUUCAUUGUAUACGACAAAACAACAUUUAGGUCUGUACUGAUCCUGCUGCAUGCCCACAUUUAUAAGCAUAUCUAAAAGUAAAAAAACCCAGAAGAAAACGCUGUUUGGAAGCUAAAACUGCCUCAAGGUGGACUUUUGUUUAAAAGUAAAAUGAUAGCACUGUAUCAGGAGAAAUGUGUUCAUUUGUUUUAUGAAACUUGCUUACAUUGAUCUUCUGUACAGAUGUGUCCUUUUGCAGUGUUGCUGCGAUGUACUCUCCUGCUAUGCAUUCACUUCUGUGGGAGCUGGCAUGUGCCCAGUACCCACUGCCUAUUAAAGUCUAUGGAAGCCAGCUAGAGAUGCAUACGAGGCUGUGCUUCGCAGCCAUGCUACAGAAUGCUGCUAUAUGUAACUACUGUACAAUGUAGCGGGACACCUCUGUAUGUAGAAAGAAUUUGCUAGUGAAAUGUCUUGAUUUUUACUUCGAUACCUACAUAUUGGGAUGUAGUUUACCAAGUUACUACUCUGAAUAUGAACUGUGCUAGUUAUAUUUUUGGUCUUGAACUUAUUUUGCUGGCUUUGUACAUACUCUGUAAUAAGCGAUAUGUCAUACUUGUACUAUGUGCAUACUUGGUAAUAAGCUAUACAUCAUACAGCAAUAGCUUUGCCCAUUUAUAGAGUGAAACAUAAUGGUAAAAUAAAUCUUUUUCUAAUGUACACUUGUCAUUAAUGCCUAAAACUACAUUGGAGUUUAAAACCCAGGAGCGCUAAUAGGGUACAGAUUUCUCAGCAGCUCAGGUCAAACCUCCAAUAACAAUUGACCAGCCUACCUCUUACUACCAACAAAGUUUUACAGUAGGCCUUUUACUGUUUAAUGAAUCUGUUUAUUACAUCUCAUUGACACUGGCAUUGUCGAAGAACCAUCAUCAAGAAAGUGGGGCAUUAGAAGUUAUGCAUUGUAAGUCUUGAAUUUUUAUUAUGACCAAUUUAAUAUAUAAAUAGUAGUUUUCAUAGUUAUAUGAAAGUUUUCUGUUGUACAAACAUGAACAGGUCAAGCUGCUGUACAGUGUAAGCACAAAACAUAUUACCAAAUGCACAGAUUUGCCCCCUAUUGAUGUAUUUUAUUAAAAGCCGCUGAUCUACUAUAUAAUUUUGUGGUUUCCUGUUUGAAAAUGUUUAUUAAAAAAAAAUAAACUUCAUAGUGAUUGUAAUUUA